AUGCAACACCCAUAUUAUGCACAAUUGCCUGAAGGCUACACUCCCGUCGACGAUGAAGAAGGCAUUACACAGCUUUUGGACUGGGUUUAUGGCAGGCUGCCUGAAGUGCAGGACGAUUAUAUCGAACAAAGCGCUCAAUACUUGAUGAGUUCGUUACAACAAAGCCGCUCUCCGAUGUCGGCGAAAUGGAACGAAGCCAGCGCUGUAGCCUUAGUCCUUUGCGGACGCUUCGAGGACGCUGACGAAUAUAUCGAGCAACUCAGCAAGCAGCUGACCGCAUCGAAGCAACACUUCCCCGAACAAACCCUCUUGGCAGAAGCCCGGAGCGGUUCACGGCAUCGAUUCGAAGCUGCUCUGUAUCGCCUGACCAGACACCCCUCCCGUGAUGUCCUCCGAUUGUCCUGCAUCUGUGCAGCAGCACAUGGAGAUGUUGAACUCUUGGAAUAUCUGGACGAGGAGUUCCACUGUGUGGUCGAGGAUCGCAGCCUGGCAACACCGAUCGAUAAUGCAAUUGACAGUGGGCAGUGGGCAGCAGUCCAACACCGCCUUAUCGAAGGGGCAAACACCUGCCCACUCGAGGAGGUGCUGGCGGUUCGAGCUAUACAAGUCGGGCAGCUAGGAGUGCUCCGCUUCCUAGCACAGUGUUCAAGCUUACCAUCGGUGUACUUCAGAGGCACACUCCUCAUUCAGUAUGCCAUGAUGUUGGAUGAUCGCAAGCAGAGAGAAGAUAUGAUCGAGUCUCUUGUCAGAGAUUUCCACGUCGAUGUCAACGUUUUAGGCCGGGACGGAACGGCACUUCACAUCGCAAUCCAGUCCGAAGAGACAGACACAGUGGACCUGCUGCUUAACCUUGGCGCGGAUGUCCAUGUAAGAGAUCAUCUAGGACAGGAUGCUCUCGAGUACGCAAUCUCUCACAAUAAACUUUUCCCUCCGCGGCUUGCACAGCUAUCAAGACACACCAGCUUGGCGAUCGACGCCGAGAAAAGGCGGCUCGCCGCGCGUAUCAUCCAGUCACAGACACACUCAAUCAUUCGACAUCUCUGCGCUCUGGUCAGCGACAGCUCGAUCGACACGACGGUGGAGCAGAAACUAGACGUUGUUAAGCAUGCAUGGCGAUCUUGCAAUAUCGAAGAGCAGCUGACCAUGAUAUGGGCUCGCAAUCUAUCACUGGCAGCUUUGCAAUGGUAUAUUGCCGAAGUUGAGGCCAAGGGGGUCGCCGACGAUUACAUGGUCGCAGCAGAGGUGACAGUGGCGGUUGCAGGCCGUGACUUCUGCGCAUACAGCAUGAUGUUGGUGCCGGACGUCCAGGAGCCGGCAUCCCGGGUUUGUGACUCCACUGAAGCAGAGCCUUCCGAAGCAGCCCAGAUUGUGGCAAGGUAUUUCAUGCCGACUCAUGUACACCUCCAUGAGAAGCUCGGGCGGGAGUUGAUGAAGAGGCUCUCUGAUGGUGCACUGCGCGCCCUCAGCUCCAUUAUCUGUUCUCCUGAUGCGCAGCUCUUUGUCAAGGGACGAGAAGCGCAGUACUUGGAGGAGGAUGACUUAUAUCAACACUUUGUCCAAACGCAAGGUUGGGAGCUUGACAGGCCCCGCCUACCCUCCCCGUCUUCGCAGCGCACAGCAGAUACAACAGUUGCAUGA